AUGUUUUCCAGUUCGAGCCCCUCGUCGGGAAGCUAUACAAGUCCUCUCGAGACGAGCAUCAGCGAAAAAUGCUCUAGUGAUGAGAGAUUCGAGCCCGAGCCUCUUCGUCCCCAGCAGACACCCAUCGCAGUUGUAGGCAUGGGAUGCCGGCUUCCAGGCCACAGCAGCUCGCCCACUGCGCUUUGGGAUCUCCUCGAACGAGGAGGUGUAGCCAGGAACGAGCCGCCGCCCUCGCGCUUCUCUCUUGACGGCCACUACGACAAAGCAAACCCGGGGCGUCCAAGGACCAUGAAGUCGCCCGGUGGCAUGUUCAUUGAAGACACGGACCCGGCCCUCUUUGACGGUCAAUUCUUCAAUAUCAGCCGCGUUGAAUGUAUCGCCAUGGAUCCGCAGCAGCGGCAGAUGCUCGAGGUGGCCUACGAGUGUCUCGAAAACGCCGGCAUACCCAUUGAGGCCCUCAGUGGCACUAACACGGGCGUCAUCGUCGGCACAAACUUCAUAGAUUAUGGUGCCAUACAACAUCGUGAUCCAGAAGACACUGCCGAGUCCAUCACCAUCGGCCUGGCUACCGCGCUGCUGAGCAACCGAGUCAGUCACUUCCUCAACGUGCAUGGACCGAGUAUGACAGUCGACACGGCAUGUUCGGCCGGCCUUGUCUCGCUCGACGUAGCUUGCCGCUAUCUCGACACCUUCCAAGCCGACUCCAUGCUCGUUGGAGGAGCGAACCUGUGGCUUACGCCAGAGCAUAACGAGGAGGUGGGCAUGAUGCAUGUCACGCAGUCCGGCUCGGGGAAAUCCAAGAGCUUUGACGCAUCGGCAGAUGGAUAUGUCAAGGCCGAAGGAGUCAACUGCUUCUUUCUCAAGAGGCUUGACGAUGCCGUGCGCAACGGCGACCCAAUUCGUGCCAUCAUCCGUGGCACGGCCGUCAACGCGUCAGGACGCACAAACGGUAUCGCGAAUCCCAGUCAGGACGCACAGGCUGCCGUUACCAGGCAAGCUUUCAAGAACGCAGGCAUCGGUGAAGAGGACUUUGUCAAGACGCAGUAUCUCGAAUGCCACGGCACAGGCACGCUCGCCGGCGACCCGAUCGAGGUCAAGGGCGCAGCGUCUGUCUUCGGCAAGGGCCGCAAGCCAGGCCAGGAACUCAUCAUUGGAUCUAUCAAGAGCAACAUUGGGCAUUCGGAGCCUGCGGCGGGUCUCUCGGGUCUCCUGAAAGCCACCAUGGCCCUAGAGAAGGCUGUCAUCCCCGGAACACCAACCUUCUUUGUCCCGAACCCAAACAUCGACUGGAAGAACUUGAAUGUCAAAGCCAGCAGGAUCUCCUUACCCUGGCCGGUGACAGGCACAGACAACGUUCGAAGAGCGAGUGUGAAUUCGUUUGGGUUUGGCGGUGCCAAUGCCCAUGCUGUAGUGGAAAACGACGCUCGUUCUCUAUCACGCCAUGUUUCUUCCUACAAGCAGUUGACGACGGACUUUUUUGACGACGAGGACGACGACGAAGAAGGAGAUUAUAAUCAAAAUGGAGAGACAAAGGCAGACACUCCGCCGACAUUGCUAGUUUUCUCGGCCAACGAUCAAUCUUCACUGCAGAACUACGUCAAGGCCUUGAACGCACACUUGCAGAAUCCCAUGGUAUCUAUCGAUCUCGGUGACCUGGCUUACACGCUCUCGGAAAGGAGGAGCAGGCACUAUUACGGAGCCUUUGCCAUGGUGCGCUCGAGCUCCCAGACUAUCAACCAGGAAACACUCAUCCAUGGCAAACGGGCAUCAUCUGCUCCUCGCAUCGCCUUCGUCUUCACCGGCCAGGGUGCACAGUGGUCUACCAUGGGCGCCGAUUUGGUCAAGACCUUCCCGCUAGCCAAAAGCACCAUUCAAGAUCUGGACAGUGUCCUUCAGGGCCUAGACGAUCCACCUAAGUGGUCCCUCCUGGAGGAAUUGACUGCUACUCGCAGUGCCGAGGCGCUGCGCCAGCCUGAAUUCUCCCAGCCUCUAGUGACGGCUCUGCAGAUUGCGCUCCUUCAGGUCUUGGAUGAUUGGGGUAUCCGUCCGGAGGCAGUCGUCGGCCACUCAUCGGGUGAAAUCGCGGCUGCUUUUGCUGCCGGUCUCAUCACCUCGUCUGAUGCUAUCAGGAUAGCUUAUUAUCGUGGCCAGGCUUCCCAAAAGGCGGCCGCACCGGCCGAGCCCUUGGGCAUGCUUGCUGUGGGUGUCGGUGCGCAGACCAUCGACAAGUAUCUCAGACAUGAAGAGGGCAAGAUUCAGAUUGCCUGCUACAAUAGUCCAGACAGCUUGACCAUGUCAGGCACUGUAUCGGCGCUCGAGAAGCUGUGUGUCCGGCUGAAGCAAGACGGCCAUUUCGCCAGAAUGCUUCUUGUAGACCUUGCGUACCACUCCGAUUACAUGGCAGAGAUUGGUGACAUAUACGAGGACAUGUUGCUGCGCGAUGGCAUCAUGGCCAACAAGUCAAACCAGUCCGAGAAAACAAAGGCAGUGCGCAUGUUCAGCUCUGUGACGAGCAAAGUCGUAGACCCAGAUGUAGGUCUCGACGCGGCGUACUGGAAAAAGAACAUGGUCUCACCAGUACAAUUUGCAUCUGCCACAUCAGAAGUACUUACUCACACCAAGGCCACGUUUUUGAUUGAGCUCGGCCCCAGCAAUGCUCUGUCUGGUCCCAUUGCACAGAUCCAGAAGAGCCUGGGGAAGGAUAGCCAGUAUGUUUCGGCACUCAAACGCAAUCUCGAACCAACACUCUCGAUGUACGAAGCAGCAGGCCGACUGUUCCUAGCAGGCGAUCAACAGGUCAGUCUGGAACGAGUCAAUCGCGUAGAUCGCCAGAGUGCUAAGGUCGUAAUCGACCUGCCCAACUAUGCAUGGAACCAUUCAACACGCUACUGGCAUGAGACGCGCGCGAGUAGGGACUGGCGAUUUAAAGAGUUCAUCAACCACGAUCUGAUCGGUUCCAAGAUGAGCUCCGUAGGAUGGCAUGCCCCUAUUUUCAAGAGCGUCCUCAAGCUGGCCAAUUUGCCGUGGCUGCGAGACCACAAGCUGGGCAGCGAUGUGGUAUUCCCAGAAGAAAUUGCUAACUCUACGUUCUUUGGUAAGGCUGCUGGUUAUGUGGCCAUGGCUGUAGAGGCCGUAUAUCAGACGGCCAUGAUUACCAAAUGGAAAAAACAGGCGCCUAGUCACUACCGCUUCCGACUACGCGAUGUGAGACUGCUUCGUGCCCUGGUCCUGGCAGAAGACAAGGAAACUAGGGUCACGUUAGCACUCACGCCGGUCAAAGGAGGAUCAACCCGGUCCUGGUAUGAGUACCAGAUGUGCUCGGUUCAAGACGGGGUGGAUGUCGACUUCGUACAUAGCACGGGGCUGGUGUGCGUUGAGACGGAUUAUCAAGACACGUUCAAAACCGUGGCGCCCUUGGAACUUGCCACGAGCGCUCGCAUCUGGUACAAGACCUUGGCCGAGAUGGGAUACAAUUUCGGCCCAUCCUUCCAGAAACACCUGAUGGUCGAGUCUACAAUGGGUCAACGCCAGAGUCGAUCAGCCAUCAACCUCGAGCCUCCUCCGUCCCACCCCAAGGGCCAAUCCUCCUACCCAUUGCACCCCGCGGUCAUAGAUGGAUGCUUCCAAGCAGCAACGCCAUCCUUGUGGAAGGGUCAUCUGCCGCAGUCUGGGGAUCCAGUCCUGGUGCCCAAGACCAUAGACAGCAUCGUCAUCGAGUCUGGGAGUGUCCGAAAAAAGCGGGUUCCUACCGAGGGCAUCGCCUAUGCAUCUGCAAACUUCAUAGGUGUUGGAAGUGCCGAAAACGCACGCAAUUAUGCCACAAAUGUGGAGCUAUAUGAUCCUGAGGAUGGCGCCUUGCUGUUCCAGAUGAAGGGCCUAGCAUCGGCCGAAAUGGAGACGAGCGAUGAGGAGAAAAGGCCUCAUCAAUUCAUGCGCGUUGCUUGGGACGCCGAUGUGGAUAUGCUCAUGCAGGCUGAACCGUCGUUGGUUAACAGCUGGUUGGCUUCCAAGACCACACAGCAGGUUAUCGAUCUAAUAGCACACAAGAAGCCUGGACUUAGUGUCUUGGAAAUGAACCUGAGCCCACUCGAUGGCUCAAAUCUCUGGAUGGCGCAGGGCGGGGGUGAGGUCGAAAACCCCGUCCGGAGCGGAUGCUCAAAGUACCACUUUGCCGUCCGUGAUCCCAAAACAUUGCUCAGCGCCCAGGAACUUCUGAGCUCGCGCGUUCCCCGUCCGCAGUUCCACCUAGUCAUGGAUAUAUCUAAACCAGCGGUAGUCGCCGAACCCGACAGUAUCGAUCUCGCAAUCGUCAAUGCCGGAAAGGAAGAAACAGUCGAAGUAGACGCUACGCUUCAGAGCAUCGUUACCUCGGUGAAGGAGGGUGGAUUCAUCGUAGCCAGCGGGCUUUCUGAGACUGCGCUAAGCCAACUUGGAAAAAUGAUAGCACUGAACGGUGAUGUGUGCAUCUGCCGAGUGGAAAAGGAGACCAAGGCAGUCAAUGGAACACCGCAAGCACCCGUCGCCCACAUCAGUCUUCUUGACACGGCCUCUCAGGAAUCCUGCUCUAAGGAGAUGACUGAGGUUCUAGAUGCUCUCGCAGCCAAGCAAUGGCCCAUCAAGGCUCACCCCAACCCCCUCCAAGAAAUCUCCUCAAAUGCAUCAGUCGUAGUUGUCCUGGACGAGCUCUUCUCCUCCAUCAUGGACGGUCUCAAUGACAGACAAUGGGAGCUUCUGAAGCAUCUCAUCAAGGCUCAAUGCCCACUCCUCUGGAUCACCAGCAGAACAUCUGAUCCUACACGAGCCGCCAUUGUGGGAUUCCUCAGCACGAUUCGCUCUGAGGAGCAGAUCCCUCUUUUCACGCUUGACGUUGAGAACACCAGUGGAAACGCCACCAUUGACGCCAUUUCGGCCUGCCUCAAAAAGGUGCAGGACAUAAUAUCCAAAAAGGCCGUUGAUUCGCGCGCUGCCACCGAUUAUGACUUUGUAGAGCGUGGCGGUGUCAUUUCCAUCAGCCGUGUAUACACUGACUCGGACUUGACAACGCGGCAAAAUGAUGAGCCAAGCGCCAGGAGGACCGAGAUGGCAGAUUUGCAUGCAUGCGAGACCCUCGUGCAGUUGCGUUGCGAACGGUUGGGAAACUUGGAUGCCGUGCACUUUGGCGAGGUGGACGCAGAGCCUAUCCCUCUGUCUGAUGGCAUGGUAGAGGUUGAGAUCUAUGCAGCCGGACUGAACUACAAGGAUGUAGUCGUUACCAUGGGCAUCAUUCCCGGUGAUGAGACUGCACUGGGUCACGAAGCGGCAGGGGUGGUCACCAAGGUUUCGCCAGGUGUAUCGGGGCUAUCGGUUGGAGAGCGUGUCGUUGUAUUUGGAAAAGGAUCAUUCGCAAACCGAACCCAGACGACGCCUGCACGUGUACACCGCAUCCCGGAUGACAUGACUUUCGAGGAAGCGGCCACUCUGCCAAUUGUCUACCUCACAGGCAUCCACUCCCUUCUCGACCACGGCAACUUGUCGGCUGGAAAGAGCGUCCUCAUACACUCGGCCGCCGGUGGCGUGGGAAUCGCCGCUAUCCAGCUCGCCCAGUAUGUCGGUGCAGAAGUGUUUGUCACGGUGGGAACGCCCGAGAAGAGAGAGUUCCUCAAAUCAGCCUUUGGCCUUGCGGAUGACCGCAUCUUCAACUCACGCAACACGGAAUUUGGCGACCAGGUCUUGGCAGCUACCAAUGGCAAGGGCAUGGACGUGGUUCUCAAUUCGCUGGUUGGGGAUAUGCUUGACGAGUCUUUCCGCAUCUUGGCCGAUGGUGGCAUCAUGGUCGAGCUUGGUAAAAGGGACGUCCUGGACCGGAACAAUCUACCAAUGGCUCCAUUUGACCGCAACAGCUCAUUCAGAGCGGUCGAUCUAUCUCCUGAGAAGGCGUCCGAUGCCCUUGUUUCUCGCCUCAUGUCUAAGCUGUUUGAGCUCAUCAAUGGCGGUUUCAUCAAACCAAUCACGCCCAUUCACAAGUUUUCGUGGACCGAUAUACCUGCCGCUUUCCGUUUCCUGCGGCCAGGAACACACAUUGGAAAGGUUGUGCUAUCACAAGAUGGGCCGAAACCAAAAGUUGAGGUGCCGAUUCGACGAGCGCCGGAAAAUCUCGGUCUCCGCGCUGAUGGCUGCUAUCUCAUAGUCAGCAGUCUCCGUGGUCUCUGCGGAUCUCUGGCCAUCUACUUGGCCCAGCAAGGAGCGAAGCAUCUCGCCGUCAUGUCACGCAGUGGGUACGCGGACGAAAAGUCCAGGUAUGUGAUCAAGCAGAUUAACGCACUCGGGGCUCACAUCGACCUUCUUACGGCGGAUGUGACAAUUGCGACAGAUGUCAAAAAGGAUAUGCAACAGACAGCGGUGCCCAUAGUUGGCAUCAUCCAGGGUGCCAUGGUUCUUCGGGAUCGACCCUUUGAAUCGAUGACCCUUGCCGAGUACCAUGAGGCUCUCCAAUGUAAGAUUCGGGGAACAUGGAACUUGCACGAGGCCGCCGAGUCUCUCGGUCUAAACCUCGAUUCAUUCACACUCUUGUCUUCGCUCUCUGGUAUUAUCGGCCACGUUGCUCAGGCCAACUACGCCGCCGGUAACGUCUUCCUGGACGCUUUUGCCGCCUGGCGUCAGUCUCGUGGCCAGCCGGCUUGUUCCAUCGACCUGGGUAUCAGCGAGGACGCCGGUGUCAUCGCCGAGAGCGCCAAACUCCAGAAUUCAACCGAUUCGCGCAUGUAUAAGGGACUGAACGAGGGCCAGUUACGCAAGAUUCUGUACUUCGCGCUACUGCAGCAGCGAAAGAAGCAGAAUACAUUGGGCCUUGCAGCCGCACGCGAGCUCAAGCAUUCCCCCAUGAUCACAGGUCUAACCGCCCCGCAACCUGACGACUCGGUUCUGAAGACGGAUGCGCGCUUCUCGCCUCUGUUCACCGGCCAGCGUGAAUCCCAAGAACUCGCGUCUAGUUCAGCCGGCGAUGACAAUGCGAACACCGACGUGCAGGCUCUUUUCCUCUUGCUGCGCACCGAAUCUGCGGAUCCAGCCGCCAGGCUGAAGGCAACUGUGGACGUGGUUAAUGGGUGCUUCAUGCGUGUACUGCGCCUUUCUGAGCCCAUGGAUCCAGGGCGGCCGAUUAGUGUGUACGGAACCGACUCGCUGGCCGCUGUCGAAGUCCGCAACUGGGUGAGGACCGAGCUAGGCUGCCUUGUAACGACUCUAGACAUCAUGAACGCUGCCUCGUUGACAUCUUUCUGUGAAAAGAUUCUUGCGAAACUUCUCACUCCGGAGCAUUAG